UUUCUGCUGCUCCUUCAGUGCUGCUGCAUAUCUAUAUUUUUAUAUUUGUUUUGUUUAUAAUCGAUACAUGAUCAAAGAAGAAGAGUUUUAGUAUCCCAAAUACGUUAUUGUUCAAGAUGACUUCAGCUUCAUCUAGCAGCGCUCGGUCCUUGUUCGCCGAAUCGAAACAACGGCUUGCAGAGCGAGUACAAGUGAACAUGAACAAUAUUUCUUCACUAACACGGCAAAUACAGCGAGGAUCUAGAUCUAACGAGCUCUUGACGAAAGCAGCCCGUGAGUUCGUAGCGAUAGAGAACAUUAUGGAGGGCGCCGAAGAGAACCUGAAGAAGAUGAACCUGAUAGGGGUCCAUAUGGGGUACCAGUUUGAGAAUAUUCACAAAUCAGCCCAAGUCUUAGCCGAGAUUAAUGAGCAGGUGGCAUCCAUGCAGAGAUGAUCUACGAGUUUUGAUAAAAUUCUCUAUCGAGUUUGAGUGUAAAGCCCACAUGCUGGGCUAAAGAUUCUUUUUCUCUCAAUUGUAUAACUUUAGCCCAAAAUGUAUGUUCGACAAGACUUGUGUUCUUGUAGCUGCCUAGUAUUAAUUUAAUACAAAGUAAAGUAAAAUGAUGCAUAUUGUAUACACUCUUUGUAGGGCUGGUAUUCCACCUGUCCAAUUUCUUUGUACAAUUUGUAUUUUGUCUCACAUUUUGCUUCAUGGAGAGAGUGAGACGCAAUGACAUUGGACCAAUAUAAUGUAUUGGAAUACCACUCUAAGCAUUAAUAUGAGUAGUAACCUAAAAUGUAUAUAACAUGUAGGAGUAUUCCACGGGCUGUCCCAUAGAAACGCAUUUUAUUUCCUGUGUUGCAACUUUUUUUUCGACAUUUAAAGCAGGCGAUUAUUUUUCUGUGCAUAUUUUUGACCAUUUGUCACACAACAGGAAACUCUUAUAUCUGCAAAUCUUCAGAAAAUGCGCGUUUGUACGGGACAAACGGUAGACAAUUUCAUGGAAUGCUCCUGUAUAUGUGUGUAAAAUGUGUAUAUGCAAGUUUUCUGUUUGACCCAAUGGUUGACUGGUAGACAAUGCCGCAAGGCAUUAAGUCCGCCAUUUGUACAUUUUGUUAUCAUGCAAUAAAGUUUAAAUAAAUAAAUAUACACCAAAAAAAAUGAAAAUUUUGGUAAUUCAUCACUUUAUAUGUGUCAUGUAACUUUCAUACAAAAAUACAAAAUGGCAUUAGCAGUUUAUAGCAUCAAUACCAUGUUGGUUUGUAUUUAAUUAACUUUUAAAAAGUAAAGUAUCGAAAAUUACAUUUUGUUCUUAAACAAUUAUUUCACCAGAAUUAUAACAUUAUUAUACCAUCACUGCAUCAGAAUUAUAACUACCUCUGGAAGAAUGUUCUGUCUGCAAUGUGGUACCUUUUACUGUAACAAUUGUGGUAAAUUUAUGAUUUGUUAAUUAUUUAGUAUGUUUUGGUUGUUACUUAAAUUGUAUGUGGUUAUCAGCUGUAAUAAAAUUUGGUCUAGAUA